ACUAUCUGGUAUAAUCCCUGCCUCUAUCUUUAAUUGUUCAGCCAUUAUUGCCAUUUCAGUACCCACCAAUUCCUUUCAUGGCAAUCUCCCAACCAACAUAGGUCUCACCCUACCAAAUUUGGAAGGAUUAUAUCUCGGGGCAAACAAAUUCUAUGGAAACUUUCCAACUUCAAUCACCAAUGCUUCUGGGCUUGAGGUACUUGACCUUUCCAGAAAUAAGUUUGAAGGCCAAAUUCCAGCUAAUUUAGGAGAUCUCACAAAUCUUAUAGUAUUUGAUCUUUAUGAUAAUCUCUUCGGCAGUAAAUCUACCGGAGAUUUAGAUUUUGUUGCAUCAUUGAUCAACUGCAGCAAUCUAAGAUCUCUUUCCUUGAGUGGCAAUGAAUUUGGCGGUAAUAUACCUAAGGUCAUGGCCAAUCUCUCAAAUCAACUGGGUGAAAUGUACUUGGGAGCAAACCAACUGUCGGGAACCAUUCCAGAAGGAAUUGGAAAUUUUGUCAACCUACAUAUUCUUAGCCUUGAAGAAAACUCUCUUUCUGGGGUCAUUCCAAGAGAUAUUGGUAAAUUACAAAAUUUACGUCGUCUGCGGCUAGACCAUAAUGAAUUUUCAGGACAGAUAGUCUCUACUUUAAGUAACAGCACCACCCUGUACCAUCUGGAUCUAUCAACCAACCAUUUUGAAGGGGACAAUGUAUUUGACAAUGUUCUUGUGAACUAUCAAAAUUUGCAAUAUCUGGAUAUAUCUCAAAACAACUUCACUGGAAUUAUAUCACCACAUUUUUUGCAGACACAAUCAUCGCUGAUAUAUAUGAAAUUAGGUGAAAAUUCGUUUAGCGGUUCUCUGCCGCCUGAAAUUGGAAAGCUUAUACAUUUGGUGGAUUUCAAUGUUUCCCACAACCACCUUGUUGGAGAUAUACCCUUAUCACUGGCUGAUUGUUCAAAUCUGGAGAAUCUUUCUAUGCAAGCCAAUUUUUUCCAAGGUACAAUUCCACCAAAUUUGGCUUCUUUGAAGAGCAUCCAGCAAUUAGACCUUUCAAGUAAUAAGUUGACUGGUCCAAUACCAAAAGAACUUGAGAAGCUCCAAUUUUUGAGAUACUUAAACCUUUCCUAUAACGACAUUGAGGGCGAGAUACCAAACAAAGGAAUUUUCAGCAAGGAGAGUCAAAUAUCAUUGAUUGGCAACAACAAACUCUGUGGAGGCAUUCCAGAAUUGGAGUUCCCACCUUGCCCAGUGAUUAAGGGGAAAAACAGAGGAAAGCUUAACGUUAUCAUAUUGCUGUCCAUUGUUUUACCUGCAACUCUGGUUCUCGGUAUAUUGUUGUUAUAUUUCUUGGCAUAUCAAAACAGAGAAAGAAGAGUGGCAGCCCGGGUCUCUAGCAUGUCCACAAGAGUCGAUAAGCAUUUACAAAUUUCUUACCAUGAACUUCAUCGUGUAACUUCAGGAUUUUCUCCGGAAAACUUAAUUGGCUCAGGUAACUUUGGAACUGUCUAUAAAGGAAGGCUAGGAGAACAUGGCAAUAAGCUUGUAGCGGUCAAAGUUCUUGAUCUUCAAAAGAAUGGGGCUUCCAAAAGUUUUAAAGCCGAGUGCAAAACAUUGAGAAAUAUUCGCCAUAGAAACGUAGUCUCUAUCAUGAGUUAUUGCUCCAGUAUUGAUUCCAAGGGUCAUGAAUUCAAAGCUCUAGUCUAUGAGUUUAUGGAAAAUGGGAAUCUGGACUUGUGGUUGCAUCCUUCAGAGAAAACUGAUCAGGCAACAAGCUCAAGAAGCCUUAAUCUUCUUCAGAUGCUAAAUAUUGCAAUUGAUGUGGCUUCAGCAUUGCAGUAUCUUCACAACCACUGCGAAGCAGAGAUUGUUCAUUGUGAUGUAAAACCCAGUAACAUUCUUCUUGACAAUGAUCUUGUUGCACAUGUGGGUGAUUUUGGAUUGGCAAGGAUUCUCCCAAAACCCAUCAACAUAUCUUCCGAGCAGGGAACCAGCAGUACUAUUGCUAUUAAAGGAACAAUCGGUUACGCAGCCCCAGAGUAUGGAAUGGGUGUUGCGCCAUCAACUCUGGGGGAUGUCUACAGCUAUGGAAUUCUUUUGCUAGAGAUGAUCACAAGGAAAAGACCAACAUAUGAUAUGUUCAUGGACGAGCUUGAUCUACAUAAUUUUGUUAACAGGGCCUUGCCUGGACACGUUUAUGAGAUCAUGGAUCCCUUGCUUCUUUCUAAAGCAGGAGAUGAAAACAAAAGAAUGACUCCUGGAGGGGAUAAAACUGAUGGUGGAAGAGAGAUGGAGUGUGUUAUUUCCCUGUUGAAAAUCGGGCUCAAAUGCUCAGAGAAAUCGCCAAAUGAUCGGAUGCACAUGAAUGAAGUUGUCGGAAAAUUACAUCAUAUUAAGGAUGUUUUUCUUGGUGUCAGGGCAUAUCAAAAAAAUCUUGAACCUUAAUAGCCACAGCUGUUUGUUUGUUGGUCUGAAUCUCCGAACAGAAGUUGAUGAGUUGAUGACGAAAUUGGAUGUUUUGAACAACAUUAUGGUUUGGGUCUUAUGCUUCUGUAAUUUACAUUAUGUAAUAAAUUG